CAUGGGCUUUCUCUGGGUUCUGCAAUUUCUUCCUUUAUCAUAAAAUAAUUUUUAUUGAAAUUUAUGCAAAACUUACAAUUUUACAGUACAGUCAUAUUCAGAAAAAUACUUGCAUAGCCAAGAUACCAUUACAUACAAAUAGAGUCCCACACUGGAGUCUUUAAACCAGUUUCUUCCCACCUCCCGAAAACAGUCAGGUAGAUUGACUACUCUAAAAUGUCCUAAAAUGUGAAUGUGUGUUCACGGUGUCCUGCGUUGGACUGCUGUCCUAUCUAGGAUGUGUUCUUUGCAUCCAAUGUUUCUGGGAUAUGCUCCAGAUCCACUGCAACCAGGAUAAAAUACUGAAGAGAAGAUGAAUAAAAAAUAGUAUCAAGGCUAUUAUGGUUAUUAUUCCAGUUGAGGGCCUAAUUGCCUGGUUUCUUGAAACAAGUGUAAUCUGAAAACAAUGUAUAAAUAAUGUUAACUUUUGACUACCUCCAAAUUUUGAAACCAGGAAGUGUGGUUAAUGUGGUGCACAGAUGAAGGGAAAGGUGCUCUAACCCCUGCUCUAGAUCAUUAGAUUGUAUUUUUAUUUAUUUAUUUAGUCUGUUGGCAUGAAUACUGUUACUCAUAUCUAUUAUCAUACAAUAUUUUAUGCUGUUAUUAUAAUUAUUCUACAGCUUUUCUACUCGUUCUUCAAGUCCUUGGUGGGUAAAGAUGUGGUGGUGGAGUUAAAAAAUGACUUGAGCAUAUGUGGAACCCUACAUUCAGUAGAUCAGUAUCUGAACAUCAAACUCACAGAUAUCAGUGUCACCGACCCUGAAAAGUAUCCUCACAUGUUGUCAGUGAAGAACUGCUUCAUCCGGGGAUCAGUGGUGCGGUACGUUCAGCUCCCGGCCGAUGAGGUGGACACACAGCUACUACAGGAUGCAGCACGCAAAGAAGCCAUGCAACAGAAACAAUGAUUCAUCUGGUUUUGUUCUUUUGCAUUUUUGGUGUACUUCAAGUUUGUAAAAAAUAUAACAGCAUUGGUUUACCUUUUUCUUUUAAGCUCAAAUUUUGUAUAGAGUUGUUGUUGAUGAUGAUGAUGAAGAUGAUGAUUUAAGGAAUACUGUGUGUUUUUCAGUGCAUGUUAACUUGAGACAACGAGGUUUCACACUUCAGGCUUAAAUGUUUUUUGAAAUACACAUGGGGUUUGCCUGGGUCUUGACUGUUGCUGAAUUGCCUUGACCUAGGUGUAGAUGUUUCUUUGUUUAAAUACAUUUUAUUAUAUUUAGGUUGUUUAUUUUUU